GCUCGCGCACGGAUUGAGAGGAAUCUCGGUAUUUCUGUCUAGGGCCGGCGAUCUGCAAAAUGCCUCCGGUAUAAAGAGCGAGAAGAAUGGGGACCUGGGACCCCGGCGCUUUGGGGUGGACACGCCGACCACUGGUGAGCGUUCAUCAAGGAGGUUAAUGAAUGGAAAGGACGCCGCCGGUGGGACCUUUAUUGUUUUUUUUGCUAAACGACUAAGCGAUUAUUAGCUGCAUCAGAGACGUCUACGUUUCCCUGGAUUAACAGGCAGGCAGAUCAGGAUAAGCUUCAAGGGAAAGGAGUUCAGGUGAAAUAUAUUUUACUGGUGACGGGCGAGAAUCGCGCAGCAGGUUGUGUAAUAGUGGAUCGUUAGUCGUACCUGAGGAUAUAUUGUGUAUGUUUGACCGAAUAUCUCUCUCCAUGGCGAUAAAUAAGGGAACACGAGGACCAGGUCACAUAGACCCAUCGAGAAAGCGGGGCCAGUGGAUUUAAAUCAGUCCGCCUCAUUUGUAUCCUCCGAGUGGCGAUGUCUGCUUUUUGCAUAGACCUCCACACGUCUUCGGCCGCGAUUUCAGCACCACCAGAGCUGGACAGCGACCGUAUAGAGGAAACGCUGGAUCCCAGUACCGGCAGCGGCGGCAGCAGCAUGCCUCAAGAAACGGAAGGGUAUCAGGAUCACACGCUGCUAAGCACCGGCCCUGGGGGUCUCGGCAUGGUGCUGGAAGAGGAGCUCGCCAUGCUGACGGGGGAACGGGUGGAAGAUUCAGAACUGACCGCCCUGGAGACACCUGUCAACGGACAGGAUACAGACUUAUUGUCGCUCUUCCGGCAGAAGGAGAAGGACUUGGUUCUUGCUGCUAAGCUCGGGAAGGCUCUUCUCGAGCGAAACCAGGACCUUACAAAGCAAUACGAACAAAUGAACAAAGAUCUCAACGAGAAGCUGGAGCACCUGGAGCAGGAGAAGCACGAGCUGCGCCGGCGCCUGGAGAGCCGUGAGGGGGAGUGGGAGGGCCGCGUGACCGAGCUGGAGGGGGACCUGCGCCACCUGCAGGGGGAGCUAGAGAGGCAGCAGGCGCAGCUUCGCGAGGCCGACCGCGACAAAGCCCGCGCCGUCAGUGAACUCUCCGAACAGAACCACAGACUACUGGAGCAGCUCAACCGGGCAGGCAGAGGUGGAGAGACAGUUGUCCACUCAGGUCCACUCCUUGCGGGAUGAUUUCCGGGAGAGGAGUGUCUCCAACAACCAGCACAUGACGCGUCUGGAGAGUCUACAGGCAGAGCAAGGGCUAGAAAUAAAGAUGCUGUCGGAACGUAAGAGAGAUCUAGAACGGAGGGUGAACAUCAUGAUGGAUGAGAACGAACAGCUGCAGAACACGAUGGAGAACCUGAGAGAGAGAACGCUGGUGUUGGAGAAGCAGUGUCACGAGAAGGACCUA